AUGGAUAGUGCAAAGGCAGACGGCACAACGGACCUAGAUAUGGUACAAAAUUCUAUGGUUACCUUACAAUUACCUGGACACGAGCCAGCCAUGUACGGCCUUCUGCUGGAGGUCAAGGACGUUGCAAAUAAUAUACGACUAAGCAGAGCAUUUGUCCUGUACGACAAUUCAUCCAGAAUCGGAGUUGACUCACGAUAUAAGCUGUAUGUAACAUCAGCUGCAGAAAAUACCAACUACACCUGGCAAAUCGUACAUAGUGAAAUAUGUGUUAGCUGGCGAGAUCGGUACUAUAACGACAAAUUUGUGCAUUUUAACCCUCUCAGACCAAUAGACGCUGACGAACAUGGACUCAUCCCGCCAGCCUACGAUCAGACAGACGGUAUAUUGCCUGUUACAGGCACAUCAAACGUGCACGGAAUCACCCAUUUUGAUUACGAAUUAAUUAAGGAAACUGAUGGCCAAACGAUUUCUUCCAAUGUCAUCAGUAACAUAUCUUCUCAGAGUGUCUGCAUACCACAUACAGUUAAGGAUGGCGAUACAUACAGAUUCAUGUUGAAUGCUAGUGACAUUGUAGGAAACUCUUUUGAUGAAUCCAUUCAGUUCUUCGUUGACGCGAGCCCUCCUGUAAUAUCUAAUGCCUGGUUAGUACGGGAUGGACACCAACAACUGUUUGUUCACAAUUCCACGGAUCUGUUUAGAAUGCGGCUAGAGUUUGACUCGUACGACACUCACAGUGGACUUUUACAAGUUCUCUGGUGGUUCUACGAGACAGAACCGGAAAGACUGAUAGGACAAGGAGCGGAAGGAGUACGACAAACCAAUAACGAGACGUCAUGUUCAGAACCCCAGUUGUGUAUAUGUCCAUUUGUCGGUAUCUGCCAAUUUGUCCACUUCAGUUUUGACCUAAACGCAUUAACUGUUAACAACACUCAUAUAGGUAACCAUAAUCGGAAGUACUACUACAAGAUUGAAGUUACAAAUACGGCCCUAUUGACAACGUCAGUUGUAGUCGACGUAGAUGUUGACGAAUCGCCACCAGCAGAUGGCGUUGUUUACGAAGGAUUAGACGGCCAGACAGAUAUUGACUACAUCAGUGAGUCCCGUAUCUCUGUUCACUGGCAUGGUUUUAUUGAUCAUGAAAGUGGAAUUGAGUUCUUCAAAGUAGCUGUUGCGACCAGAUGUCUCCAAAAUAAUGAAAUAGUUUCAUCGGGAAACUUAACGGGACACAUCCAGUAUAAAAAUACAACAUCAACAUCAACCCAGUUUGAUAUACAAGCUCAAGGGAAAUAUUUUGUUACCGUUAUUGCGUUUAAUCGUGCCAUGGAACCUUCAUCUGCCGUAUGUUCUGAUGGCUUCACAAAAAAUGACUCUCCACCUGAAAUAAUCAAUGUUACACUCACCAACGCACGGACAAGAAAACACAAAGUAUGUUAUAACGGUGACAUUUGGCUCAUUUCUGAAAAGCUGACACGAACAAAUAUAAGCGGAGCAUCAUUGUGUUCUCAUCAAUGUGCAGACACUACAAAUGGAUUUAAACUCGAAUUACUUCCACUAGAAUACAACCAAUCAUAUAACACUAAUGCCUGCAGUAUGACGAACCUUAAUCAUUUCUACCUUCCCGUUGACAGCAUUCGUCUUUCCUGGACAUUCCUUAACAAUAACAUACCAAUCAGCACAACCUAUGUUGGAUUUGGUUCAACCAUCCUUUCAGCUGAUUUCCCAGAUCUUCAGAACUUUGAAUCUGUUCAUCAAAAUACAUUCUUCAGACAACAACAUAUUGGCUUUACUACCGGAACAGAGUUUUACAUCUUCAUCAAGGCCGUAAAUAAAGCCGGCCUUUCGACUACAGCAACAUUUGGUCCUGUUGUAAUUGACGAGUCAGCACCUAUAUGUCCCUUGUCAGUACCGUUAUAUCAGAACGGUUCUCAUGUGGUAGCAAACCUACAUAAGAACAUGUUCACAGACGAUGAACAGCGAGAAGACGUUUCAUCCAUUGUCUACCGAAUUCAUUUUGAGAAGAAUGAGGGAAAUUCAGGCUUUUCGUCUUGGGAAGCAUUCGACACAGCCGUUUGUACAAACGUUUCUGAUUUUCUGGCUUUUUCCAUUGACUAUCUUCAGGAAUUAGUUACGGAUGUGGACAAUACAUUACACAUCGAACUACACGUAUUCAAUAUCGCUGGUCAUUACUGUACAGUGAUGAGUGAAACUAUCCACCUUCCCGCUAUCUAUAAACCAACCAUCGGGUCAGUAAAAGAUAUAUAUCCUGGAUUUACUGAGGAACCAUUCACCGAUAGAGAUGUUUCUUUUUCCCUCACUGGUUAUUGUGUAUCGUGGACAGGUAUAUCCGAUCAAAUGACAGCCGUGACUGUCGAAGUUGGCCUAGGGAGCAGUCCGGAUAUAGACGACAUCGAUAACUUCCACACAGUAGAGAAUCAGAAGUUUUACUGCCAAAGCAAUGCAACUCUCACCAGGAACUCUACCUAUUUCGCUGUAUUACGAGUAAACAACAGUGCCGGGAUGGGUCUUUCGUCCUCGGAUGGGUUCACGGUACUUUCUGAAGAUGAUGUACUGAAUUUGGUAUCAGUUUUUGAUGGCCCGGGCUGUACUAAUAACUCAUUUGUAUGUCAAUUAACUCUGCAAUCGGACGACACUCUUCCACACGCUACUGCAUCGUGUGACCAAAUACUACACAUCGGCCACCGAUAUACUGUACAGUUCCCAGAACAGCUGCAUGAUGUCAUCACUAUUACCAGCGAUGAUGUCAUAUUCAACAGAGGUGAACCUGGAAGUAUUACGUUUACACCUGUUGUUCAUCGUCCGGUUUUUAAGAUCGCUUCAAAUAUUCCGGAAAACGCUCCCGAGAUGAGAUUCAAUGUAUUCCGAUGCCAGAAGGACAUCGAUUAUCAUUAUGCUGGUACUCCUAUAGCUAUACACUGGGAGGUGAACGGUUACACUGAUUACAUCACACACUUUGAGAUCUCUUUGUUUGUGAAGGACACGGACAACAGUGUUAGUGUCAUUGAAACGGUAAUCGCGACUGCCGACUUACGAAGUGUUGUAUUCACUAACUCAAUAACGGACGCAAAAUAUAUUUUUGGCUCAGUCAAAGUAUGCUUUGCAACUACCUGUCUAGCUGGAGUCGUUUCUGAUGGAUUUGUAGAAGAAAUUGAAGCACACAUUGGUCCGAUCUCAGCCAUUCUUACGGACUAUUCUGACACGUGCAGCACGAUCAAUGUGUCCUGGAGUGACGUUCAGUGUUCGAAUAUAGCGGAUUCGGGUGCCUUGUUUUAUCGGUGGAGAAUAGCGGAUAGUGACAGCGGCAUGUCUACGAACCAUGACUGGACCACAAGUGUUGGAAAUAGAACCGAACAUCACCAGAUAACAGAGUGUGUGAAGAUUCCCAGUGAUGUCUUUGCGCAACGCUAUAUUUGUCUGCAAUCAUUCUGUCAUUCAGGAAGAGAGACAAUCAGUUGUGAACAAUUACAGAUACAAUUUCAUCAGAAUAAAUUCUCCAAAGAAAUAGUAUAUGACAUCGACGUGGACUCUGUUGACUUUUCUGAAUUAAAGCUAUCAAUAUUUAGUUCAAAUAUUGGCGAGAAACUGAAUAACGUUCAUGAACUCGAGUUAGAUUACAGUCGUACCCGACCAAAGUUAGGCGCGUGUAUCAUCGGACUACAGGACAGGAAAGUAACUUGGUAUCUCAUGACAAAGUCAGAAAUCCCAAGCGACACAUGUGAUAGUGACAUCAACUGUUUGGUGUAUGUAGAAACAAAUGAAGGCGCCAUUUCUUUCGGAAAGGUUAAUCUCGACGAGGGUAAAUAUUACAUCUGUGCCAGAAGUGCAGCAUGUAACCGAACAAGAAAGGACUUUGUAGAACAUUUCGAUAAAGUCGAAUGUUGUAGUGAUGGCUUGAUAAUAGACGAAACUGGACCAAGUCCGGGGUCUGUGAUCCUGCACUCCAAUGGAGGGUAUAUGUCUGAUAGCAGUGAAGUAUUCAUUUCCUGGAGUGAUUUCCAUGACAACUUCGCUUCUUACGGUGUUGGAUUCCUGCAGUACAGAUACGCUAUUGGGUCCUAUCCUAUGGGACAAGAUGUGCAGACAUAUCGAGAUGUUGGGGAGGAACAAUCAGUACUGGUACGGAAUACACGUCUGACAUCAGGGAUAGUGUACUACGCCACGGUAGAAGCCAGAGACAAGGUCGGAUUGACCACUACAGCGAUUUCUGACGGUGUGGUAUUUGACGACACUCCUCCAGUAAAAGGUAAACUGUUUGUUGGAGACUUACACGUACACAGAUACGUGACGACACUUCAUAAUCGUGUAAUCCAUUGGAAGGGAUUCUUCGACAUGGAGUCAGGAAUUAAAUAUUACGAAGUAGCAAUAGGGAACUAUGCCGAUGUCCCGGAUGUGGUCUCCUUUCUACAUGUAGACCCCUCCACGUUUUUCUUUGACUUCAGUGAUCUACACCUCCAGCAUGGCCAUCGCUAUUACGCAUUUCUUCGGGUAACCAACCGAGCUGGAUUGUCACUAGUAGCCGUGUCACGGUAUUUCCUUCUAGAUGAUACCCAUCCCUUGCCAGGAAUUGUCCGAGAAGGCCCAAGCUAUAGUAAUGAUUUUGCUUACCAACGCAACUUCAGCCACCUGGUGUGUUCCUGGGAGGGCUUCGCUGACCCCGAGUCUGGUGUGGAUCACUACAAAGUCGGACUUGGGACGGGACCAUUCAAAAGAGACGUCAAACGCUUUACGUUUGUGGGUCUGAGAACAAAUAUGACAUGGUCUGUACCCCUGGAGGAGGGCAUUAUCUAUUACGUCACGGUUCAGGCAUGCAAUACCGGAGGACUGUGUACGGACGUCACGUCCAACGGAGUCUUGGUCGAUCAUUCGCCCCCGAUACGUGGCCAGGUACUUGUAGGACGAGCGGAAGGACAUCUUAAUUAUAUAGGACAGAGAUCACACAUGGAGGUUUUCUGGGUUGGAUUUCACGACUCCCAUUCCGACCUGGAUCAUUACGAAGUUUGUAUCAGUAGCACCCUCGAUCCAGCCUGUAACGUUAUUUCUUUGACCAACACACAUCUGUCUACCGAACACCUCUUCACUGGCCUUGACCUUCCCAUUCAAUCGCCUCUUUACGUCACAGUUUGGGCAUACAACAAAGUUGGACUUAACAUCUACGUGACGUCAGACAUGUUCUCGAUCGACGUCACUCAACCGAUCUGUAGCCAGACACCUGUAUUCACAUCUAGUACAGCUAAUAUUUCAGAGGAAACUUUCACUCAAUGGGACACUUCUGUUCUCAAAAUCUCGUGGAUGUUUGAGGACUACCAAUCCCCCAUUGUAAGACAUAAGGUUUCCGUAACAAAUCACCAUAACGGCCACACGUAUAUAGAAGACCUGGAACUUUUUUAUGAAAAUCACACCACAAUUCUACUUAAACCAGAACACUGGCUUCUCAGCGGUGACCGUUACCAGGCAACAGUGGUAGCAUGCAAUGGAGCCGGGUUAUGUACGGCGGUCAACAGUGGAUAUCUGUUAGUCGACUCAUCACCGCCACACAUUGGAGGAUUCGGUGAUGACAUGUCGUGGAGAUUACAAAACAAUGGUACUACAAUCAAUGUAACGUGGAAUGGGUUUGAAGACGUAGAAUCAGGAAUCAGCAUGUAUCACGUGAGUAUUGGAGAGACGUAUAGUGGUAAUGAAUUAUCCCUCGGCUUCAUUUCACUCGUACAUGUUGGAGAACCUAGUGACAUUCAGUAUGGCCUCUUCAAUGUAAAUCAACAACUUCAAGUGGACAGUAAAAUCAUACUGACAAUCAUAGCGGAAAACUAU